AUGGGCGCUUCCAAAAAUGCCGACCCCAACCAGCCGAAAGCUGAGCGCGUAGCAACGUCCUUGCUCGCCCGGCACGACCUGCAACCCGUCUCCUUCAGCCUCGAACACUGGAAGCCCGUGCAAGCGCUAUGGGGCGGCUACGGCCAAGUCAUCGCUUUUAAUGCGGAGGCCAGCAGCGCGAAAGGCGCGGCCUAUAUGGAGAGGCUUUUGGGCCGAAUCAACGGACAGCAGGGCUCGGUAUACCCUCUCAUCAUGAAGAUCGUCACACCCCCACCGGGAAGCCAAGAAUCACCGAGUGAAGGUGAUCUUCGCAAGAUGCUGAGCUAUGAUGUCGAGCAAUACUUCUACGAGGAGCUCGCGACUACGCUUCCCGGCGACAUACCCGUCGCCAAGUGCGUAGCUUCGUCAAGGACCCUGCCUAAUCAGACAGAGGGGUCGGCAGCCGAGUCGCAAUGCACGGCCAUGAUCUUGACGGAUUUGCGCAUUGAUUUCCCUGUCGACUUCAGCAAGAGGCAAAUGCUGCGAUUGGAUGUGGUAUAUUCAGCUCUCACGUGGUUGGGUCGAUUCCAUGCGAAAUCAUGGGACUGGCUUCCAUUCAAUCCGGAGGACGUUGUUCUGCCGCCCUUGGUAGAGGCACAGGAAAGGAAGGGACGCAAAGGGGGCAGAUCGGUGUGGCGCAACGGUGGCUACACUUAUCUGGAAACACGACGAUCCGAGUUUCAGGCCCUCCAGAAAGACGAGUUGUCGGAAUGGUCAGCGGCACUCUGCCGUCCACACGGGCAACACCAGACACCAGCAGCGGUCCUGGCAGCGUCCUUCCUGAGCGCCAGUGGUCGAGCCUUUGAGACGUACAUCCACGGCGACGUCAAGUCAGAAAACAUGUUCGCGUCCAAGGAUGGGGAUCAAGUGGCGUUCUACGACUUUCAGUAUGUGGGCAUCGGGCUAGGUGUGAGCGACCUCGCGAAGCUGUUCACAUGCUCCGUACCGCAGACCAUGCUUGUCGAGGGCGACGUACCGCACAGGCUCGAGAUGCAGCCCAAAGAGAGGGCACUGCUUGAGCGCUAUCGCGAGAUUCUACUCGAAACCGACAAGGCGCCGGAAUACGAAUGGCACGGGUUUUGCAGACAUUGGGAGACAGCGCUGGUGGACUGGUGCCGUUUCCAAGCGUCGUGGGGCUUCUGGGGCAAUACGGAGUGGCUCGAGGCGCGAGUACGCUCGAUCUUGUCGGAUCAAGGGUGGUGGGAUUGGAUUGAGCGUGAGGCGUAG